AUGCGCCGGGCCAUCCCCGCCGAGGUCCGCCUGGCCAUGACCCUCUGGCGCCUGGGGGCCUGCACCGAGUACCGGGCCGUGGAGCAGCAGUUCGGCGUCUCCCGCUCCACCGUCUGCAAGAUCCUCCGCGACGUCUGCGAGGCCGUGGUGGCCAUCCUCACCCCGGCCUACGUGGCCGCCCCGGCCGGGCCCCGGGCCGCCGGCUUCCCCGCCCCGCCGCAGCUGGCCGGGGUGCUGGGGGCCCUGCACAUCCCCAUCCGGGCCCCCAACGAGAACGCCGCCGGGUACUUCAACCGCCGGGGCUGGCACUCGGUGGUGCUGCAGGCCGCCGUCGACGCCCGCGGCUGCUUCUGGGACGUCAACGUCGGCUGCCCGGGGAGGCAGACCGACGCCCAGGUGCUGCGGGCCUCCGAGCUCUACCAGCGCGCCCAGCGGGGGGAGCUCUUCCCCGGGGCGGCCCGGGAGGUGGCAGGCGUCCAGGUGCCCGUCUACCUGCUGGCCGGCCCGUCCUACCCGCUGCUGCCCUGGCUGAUGAGGCCUUACCGGGCCGGGGAGCUCACGCCGGCCCAGAGGCGGUUUAACGAGUACGCCGCCGCCGCCCGCACCGUGGUGGGGGUGGCCUUCGGGCGCCUCAGGGGUCGCUGGCGCUGCCUGCAGAAACGCAACGACACCGACGUCUCUUUCCUGCCCACCCUGAUCGCCGCCUGCUCCACCCUCCACAACGUCUGCGAGAUGCACGGCGACGUCUUCCAGCCCCGCUGGAUGGUGGAGGAGGAGGAGGAGGAGGAAGAGCCCUUCGAGGACGGAGAGGGAGAGGAGGGCGCCGCGGCUGAGAUCCGUGAGGCGCUGGCUCUGACCCUGCGGGACUGA